UUCGACUCGGGUCCAACUUAUCGAGACAGUUUGAUUCGCGUCACCAACAACUCGGAUUGGCUUGCACCAACGCCAAUUGUCAAGGGACUGGACGCACGGUGGACCACCACACUUUUCGCAACCCCACAAUCGCUGGCUACAUAGAUACAGUACCUAUGCUGGCUGGACUUUUGCUCCUCCGCGGCACGGGAGCUGGGAAGGGACGACAUUACUUACCUAUGGUGGUCCACCACUGCUUCAUCAGCAUUUUCAUUCGCGACUAUGUCAGAUUAAGCGGUCGACUUUUGUGGGCGGGAGUCAUGCACAAAUGCACUGUUGCCAUUUGCCGUUUUUGAUGAGAGCACGCAUGCCAAGUGGGCUAAGGGACCUCUCCACCCAACAGCAAACGCCCUUUUUUUCUUCCUUUUUUCUCCUUCUGUUCCGCGGGAGGAGGGUUUUCCUUCCCGUUCCCUUUCGGGGUUGGCGGUCCGGUUUGGCGCUACCAUUCCAUUGGCCUUGCGAAAGGCAAAGAUUAAAACAUGCAAGUUGUGCGUGUGUUCGAAGCAUGACGUCUGGCUUGUUGAGCGUUUGGGACUUUAAAACCCGCCGAGCCCAAGGAACACGGCAGCUAGUCCGAGACUCCGUGUCAGAGAACCUACCUACCUACCUACCGUGGAGUGCAAGUGCAUGACGAGAUAUAAGGAAGAGAGAAAGGGCGAAAAAAAGGACGGACUACAUACAUACCUUACCUUGAUGAGGCAAUUGAUUGUUCGACGGAAGUCCUACAUCCCUCCUCAUUCGCACGGGCCAGCAGCUCCCAUCCUUCACUUUAUUGUCAUCGGUACCUAAUGUUGUCAAGGGAGAAACGGAUAUACCCCUUCCUCCCUCUCAAUCGGCACGCUUCAGCAUUGGAAAGGCAAUAAAUAGCUCGACUGAGCCAAGUAGAUCAAACGGAUGUCAGUGCUAGUUUGUGUUGCGUCGCGUCCACCCUUGCUGUUUCUGUUAUUGUUCCCGGUUUCUCUCACAAGCUUCCAUUUGUUCUGUCAUUUCUCUGACCUGGCCGAGUGCUCCUGAGCUAUGUUUCAAGAUAUCUUGGUGUACUUAAAUGCAUACAUUCAUGUAUGUACCUUGUUUUGUUUUGGUAUGCCUUGUGCGGCUUUGGUUAUUUCCGUUGGUCGUCCGCUCCAGCUUGAAGCUGAUGGAUGUGCUUGGCGAAAUUCGAGGUGAGUUGAAUAUUUCGUGAUGCGAUAUCUCCUCCCUAUCUCCCUGCCUCUGCCUCUGUCCCUCUUCCUCCUCAUUCUCGUCAUAUGUGAGACGUGAGGUGAAGGUGAAGUGAGGUGAGGUAAUGUGAGGAGCAAUCGACGAGAGGUGUCCUCAGCACACUCACCUCAUGCUGGUGGGGGCAUGUCCCGCACCUGCCGCGGACUGGGAUUGAGAACUCAGUCCAGACUGUGGAUACCUCACCUUGACGCACAGACCGCUGUGUUGAAUGGAGGGGCAAGGGCAACCACGUCCCCUCAGCAGCUUUCCCACCGCAGCAGGGAAGUUCAACGAGGGGCAAAGCGGCGGGUCACCAGGAGGAGGGUCGGAGAGAGAAACAGUGAAGAGAAAGAAACACCGACGCGACCGCCGAGAAGUGGGACGUACCACAGCCAGCGCGCCAGCGACCGCAGCUGCACCACCACCGGCACCGGCACCAAGACGUAGCUUCACCCGUUCGGACCAGGAGCAAAUUGUUUCUCGUCCUCCCGCCUCGUGUCUUGGUCGUCAACAAAUACCUGUCCGAGGCUUGCUGUCUCUGCAUGAGUCCUACUUGAAUUCGCUUGUCAGCCCCGUUGGUCGUUGGCUUUCUUGUUUUAUUGGCGUGCGUAUCUCUAAUCUCUCCCUCUCUCCCUCCCAUCUCUUAUUAAAUCUUCCCCAUCUACCCAUCUUUUCAACCUUACCUCUUCCACUCUCAUUCUCUCUGCAUCCCUUCUCAGCCACCCCACUCUCCCAGCAGGAUUCAACAGCUGCAGUAGACCGACCCCUCCCCCUCCUUGUCCCGCCUCGUCCACCUCCAACAGUUAGGCAAAGAGAAAAAAAAAAUCCCUCCCAAGCUCACGUUCUUCCUCCUAACGACAACCUUUUUCUUCCCUCUCCUCCUUUGCCAUCUCCGCCAAACCACCAACACAUUUCAGACAUCCACAAUGGCUGCCACUGCCAAGGACCACCUCGAUGUCGGCGGCAAGAUUGCCUGGCUUUCCAGCCUCGACACCGCCUACCAGCCUGAGAAGAACUACCGCCGUUCUUCCAUCAUCUGCACCAUUGGCCCCAAGACCAACUCUGUUGAGGCCAUUAACGGCCUGCGCAAGGCUGGUUUGAACGUUGUGCGCAUGAACUUCUCGCACGGUAGCUACGAGUACCACCAGUCCGUUAUCGACAAUGCCCGCGCUGCCGAGAAGUCUCAGCCCGGCCGCCAGAUUGCCAUUGCCCUCGAUACCAAGGGCCCCGAGAUCCGCACCGGAAACACGAAGAAUGAUGAGGAUCUCCCCAUCGCCGCCGGCAAGGUGCUGAACUUCACUACCGACGAGAAGUACGCCGCGGCUUGCGACACCGACAACAUGUACGUUGACUACAAGAACAUCACUAAGGUCAUUGAGCCUGGCCGCAUCAUCUACGUCGAUGACGGCGUUCUUGCCUUCGACGUCCUCAAGGUCAAGGAUGACAAGACCGUCGAGGUCCGUGCUCGCAACAAUGGCUUCAUCUCCUCCAAGAAGGGUGUCAACUUGCCUAACACCGAUGUUGACCUUCCUGCCCUCUCCGAGAAGGACCAGAACGACCUUCGCUUCGGCGUAAAGAACAACGUUGACAUGGUCUUUGCCUCGUUUAUUCGCCGUGGCCAGGACAUUAAGGACAUCCGCACCAUUCUUGGCGAGGAGGGCAAGCACAUUCAGAUCAUUGCCAAGAUCGAGAACCGUCAAGGUCUCAACAACUUCGAGGAGAUCCUCGCCGAGACGGACGGUGUCAUGGUUGCCCGAGGCGAUCUCGGUAUCGAGAUUCCUGCCGCCGAGGUAUUCGCUGCCCAGAAGAAGAUGAUUGCCCUCUGCAACAGGGCCGGCAAGCCUGUCAUCUGCGCCACUCAGAUGCUCGAGUCCAUGAUCAAGAACCCCCGCCCCACCCGCGCCGAGAUCAGCGACGUCGGUAACGCUAUCACCGACGGCGCCGACUGUGUUAUGCUGUCUGGUGAGACAGCCAAGGGUAGCUACCCCAACGAGGCUGUCUCUGAGAUGCACGAGGCCUGCCUCAAGGCCGAGAACACCAUUCCCUACGUCUCCCACUUCGAGGAGAUGUGCACCCUUGUCAAGCGCCCCGUCAGCGUUGUUGAGUCUUGCGCCAUGGCUGCUGUCAGGGCCUCUCUCGACCUCAACGCCGGCGGUAUCAUCGUUCUCUCCACCUCGGGAGAGUCCGCACGCCUGUUGUCCAAGUACCGCCCCGUUUGCCCCAUCUUCAUGGUCACAAGAAACGCCUCGGCAUCUCGCUACGCUCACUUGUACCGCGGCGUAUACCCCUUCCUGUUUCCCGAGGCCAAGCCCGAUUUCAGCAAGGUCAACUGGCAGGAGGAUGUCGAUCGCCGCAUCAAGUGGGGCGUCGAGCACGCCCUGGAGCUUAACGUCGUCAGCAAGGGUGACACUCUCGUCGUUGUCCAGGGCUGGAAGGGCGGCAUGGGUAACACCAACACUCUGCGUAUUGUCAAGGCUGACCCUGAGCACCUCGGCAUCGGAACGUUGUAAAUGAGCCGCAGUUCGUGGGUGAGUGGGAGAAAAAAAAAGACUGCCCGCAGGCAUGUGGAAGAUACCAAAGUACCUAGUUUAACUGUGAUAGACGAUGGCGGGCCCUUUGCCCAGGACACGAGUAUGAUUUGCACAUGAAUAAAAUUGACAUCAUCUUAAC